AGAGAGAAAGCAGCAUAAAACAGGAGAUUGUAAGUCUGUGAUAGCAAGUCAAAGCGAGCAGAAAAGAAAAGAAGGAAGCUUGAUAAGAAGUCGGCGGAAAUGUGUUUGUUGUUUGUUUAGGUCCAGCCAGCUUCUGUCUAUUGGUCCAGUGACAAAGGGCUAUGAGUGUGUUUAGAGAACAGAAAAGAUAUGUGUCCACUCUCAGGAUCCAGCUAUCAGCUCCCACAUCUGGAAGAGCCUCUGUCGACAUCAGUGCGCAGGGGAAGAACAGAGAAAGGUCCCCCAACUCUGGAGAGAACGGUGCAGACACGCCACUAUUCCUUGAACCUCUGCAGGAUUGUGUGGCUGAUAAAGGAAGUGACAUCACACUAAGGGGCGUCAUCACAGGGAGUCAACCAAUCAGGGUGACUUGGCUGCAUAAUGGUCAGCCGGCGAAAUUCGCAAAAUCCUCAUUUGUCGGUGGAGAGGCGAGACUGUCUGUUAGGAAAUGUGUCCCAGGGGACGCUGGAGCUUACACUUGUGUAGCUGAAAACACAGCAGGAAAAACUUCCAGCAGCUCGGCAGUGUAUGUCAGAGAAACGUCAGUUGCUGCCCCGAACAAUCACACACGCUCCUCUUCGUCCUCUCCUUGCACCCCAGUUCUGAGAAACCUGGGCUUGAAAUCCCCAAAGACUAUUUUGGAGGAUGUCAGUGUGUUCAGAGGAAAAAAUUCGCCCCAGACGCAAAGUCCUGGAACGCCGUCGAGCCCAAGAGGCUUCUCAGAUCUCCCGGUGAAGAGGAGAAGCAGCUCAGGGACAGCUGUCCCUCUGCAGAUUGUGUCCCCUAGUCUUCAGGUGGAGGUGCGGAAAGGUGAGACGGCUCGUUUGAGCUGCACGUUCAAAGGCAACGCGCCGAUCGUCUCCUGUUGGAUUUAUAACAAAAAAGAGGUUCUCGAGAGCUCCAGGUUCAAGAUUGAGGGCAGUAGUGAGAGCAGCAGUUUGGUCAUUUCAGAGACUCGACCCGAAGACUCUGGACGCUACACACUAGUUGUGCGAGACCGGACAGACUCCGCCCAGCACUCGGUCACGCUGUCAGUCAUCGAGCGACCGCAGCCUCCUGCCUCGUCCCCGGUGGUGUGUGUGCUCUCCUCGCACUCCCUCGUCCUGUCCUGGUCAGGGCCCUGCUACGACGGAGGUUCGGCUGUCACCGGAUACGUGGUGGAGGUUCAGCAAGUCGACUCGACCAGGGCAGGUUGCUGGACCGAGCUCUCGGUCUGCGGUAAAAACACUUCCCUCAGAGUGAACUCUGGACUCCAGCCACAAGCGGAGUAUCGCUUCAGGGUCAGGACCUGUAACGCUGUGGGACCCAGUGACCCGAGUCCAGAGUCUCAGGUGAUCAGGAUGGACAGCGGCACAGCGGAGCCUCGUGAAGAGAAGAGAAACGAUUACGUCACCGUUACCGUUGAUGUCACACACAAAGUCACUGACCACUACAAUGUACUGGACAAACUGGGAGUCGGGAAGUUUGGUCAUGUGUAUCGUUUGACCCAUAAAGAAACCGGCCAGGUGUUUGCCGGAAAGUUCUAUAAGGGUCGGCGUGCGAAAGAGAGAGAAGCAGCGAAGAAAGAAAUCGAGCUGAUGAACUCGCUCCAUCAUCCCAAACUGGUGCAGUGCCUUGCAGCUUAUGAUAACAAGCCUGAAAUAGUGAUGGUCAUGGAGUUCAUUGCAGGCGGGGAGCUCUUUGAGCGUAUUGUGGACGAUAACUUUGUGCACACAGAACAAUCAAGCGUGGGUUACAUGCAUCAGAUCCUGCACGGUGUUCAGUACAUGCACCAGCAGAACAUCGUGCACCUGGAUCUGAAACCAGAGAACAUUGUGUGUGAGGACAGAACAGGAUUCCGGAUUAAAAUUAUCGACUUUGGGCUCGCUAGCAAGCUGGACUCUUCCACUCCUCUGAAGGUGAUGCACGGAACCCCUGAGUUUGUGGCUCCGGAGGUCAUCAACUAUGAACCUGUGUGUCUGACGACAGACAUGUGGAGCAUUGGGGUGAUCUGCUAUAUACUGCUGAGUGGUGAGUCUCCGUUCCAGGGUGAAAGCGAUACAGAGACACUGGCUUUAGUGACUGCGGCCCAGUGGGAGUUUGAUGAGGAGAGUUUUGUGGAUAUCACAAACCAUGCCAAAGAUUUUAUCAGCUCUCUACUGCAGAAAAAUGUCAGGCAACGGAUGUCCUGUAACGAAGCUCUGUCUCACAUCUGGAUGAAGACGUUAGAUUCCACAGACUCCGGCACUGCCAAGAACAUCUCUAAAGACAAGAUAAAGAAGUUCUUAGCCAGGCAGAAGUGGAAGAAAACGGGCAAAGCCGUGCUGGCUCUGAAGAGGAUGGCAUUGCUGUCCAAAUCCGACAACUCCUCGUCCAUCACCAGCCCCGUGGAUGAUACACAACAUGUCCUCAGGUCCCUAGAGGAGAGGAUGCAGUCGAAACCUGAGUUCAUCAGGACUCCAUUUGACUUGUCGGUCCUCGAGAAGUCCACGGCGCAGCUCGUCUGUCAUGUCGCUGGUUACCCAGACCCUGAAGUGCUGUGGCUGAGGGAUGAUGAGGUCCUGGAGGAUCAGGACGGCUCUGUGCAUGUGGAUUAUGAAGAAGACGGGAUGUGUGUCCUCACACUGGAGCGCGUCACCCUGCAGCACAGCGGCACUUACACAUGCAAAGCCAUCAACGUCCACGGGGAGGCGCUCUGCUCCGCUAAAAUCACUGUAGUGACACAGGACUAAUCGUGGAUUGAUGAAAUAUUUGUAUUCAGCGGAAAUCCUACUUCACAAUGACAUUUUUUACAAUGUAAUACAAUGAGAAUGCAGUGCUGAAAUCUUUUAUUUGAACACGUGUUUUCAUAAAUAAUAUGAUAAACGA